AUGAGUGACCCCAACACCACAGCCGUCCGGCCCGUCCCCCGGGUCGGGUUCGCGACUAUUGUCCUUGGACUGAUUGUCCUUGGUAUCCUCCGCUGGGCAUAUGCGUGCUACAAAUGGAACCAGAAGUACAAGUUGCCGGCGCGCGUCCCCGGAAUCCCCAUUCUAGGAAACAGUCUGCAGGUUCCUGCCGUUCAGCAAGGGCCAUGGGCCAAAGAUCUGGCUGCCAAGUAUGGCGAAAUGUAUGUGGGCGUUCCCUUUCCUAGCCUCCCGUCUCGCGAGGAUGUCGAGCUCAAGCACAAGCGUAACAGGUUCACUUGUCAGUUUGGCGGAAGCACGUGGGUCUUUCUGAACUCCUCGCGGGUGGUGAAAGACCUUCUCGAGAAGCGCGCCGCGAUCUAUAACUCCCGGCCGCCCUUUCCCAUGACCCAGGACAUUAUCUCGCGCGGGGGCCGGAUCGUGCUGAUGCCGUAUGGGGAGCGAUGGCGCCUGGUCCGACGGGUCAUGCACCAGAUCCUCAGCGUCACGAACCAGCCCAUGUUCCAGCCCUUCCAGGAUCUCGAGUCCCGGCAGCUUUUCUGGGACUACCUCCAUAAGCCGGACCGGUGGUUCGCGGCCAACGGGCGCUACGCGAACUCGGUGAUCAUGAGCGUGGUCUUUGGUCGGCGGUCGCUGCUUGACGACCCGGAUGUCGCCGAGCUCUUCGAGACGAUCGAGCUGUUCCUGGCCGAGCAGCAGCCGGGGGGUGAAUCUGGUGGAUGCGUUCCCGGUGCUGGCGAACUUGCCCCGGUUCUUGCAGUGGUGGCGGCCGCGGGGCGGAGCGGAUUUUCCAGAAGACCGUCCAGUCGACAAACUGGAACAACGAAUCCGAGACGGUACGAAGCGAAGAUGCUUCGGGGUGAAUUCCUGGCGAGCAAAGAAAUCACGCAGAUGGACGAGGUGACGAAGCUCUUCGUCUUUGGCUCGCUCAUGGAGGCCGGAAGCGACACGUCGCGCGUGACGCUUGGCCAGAUCAUCGCCGGAGCCAUCACAUACCCGGACUGGGUGACGAGGGCGCGGGAGCAACUGGACCGCGUCUGCGGAGCCCACGCCGAGCGCCUCCCGGGGUGGGAUGAUCGCCCGCGCCUCCCGUAUAUCACGGCCGUGGUGAAGGAGGGAUUCCGCUGGCGGCCGAACAUUGCGGAAAUCGGCGCCCCGACGGUGCUGAUCAAGGAUGACGAGUACGAAGGGUCUCGGUUCCCCAAGGGCACCGUGUUUACUUGGAACGCGUGGGCCAUUGCCCUGAGCCCGGAUGAGUACGAGCAGCCCGAGCGCUUCUGGCCGGACCGGUUCCUGAAUGAAGAUCUGGAAAAUGCGCUCAAGGGCCAUGGGGCAUUUGGGCCCGGUAUGGUGCUUCGAAAUCACUGCAGAAAACAAUUACAUUUUCCCGCUAACCAGAUGACAGGACGCCGGGUAUGUGCCGGAUGGAAGGUCGGAGAGACAAACGUGUGGAUUGCAAUUGCUCGGCUGCUAUACUGCUUUGACUUUCACCCAGUUCCUGGACAGCCCAUUGAUACGAUGCGGAUUCCGCAGUUGGCUGGCAAUGCAGCUUCAUUCGCGGCGCGAGUUUCUGUACGGAGUCCGGCACACGCAGAACUCAUUCGCAGAGAGUGCGCCGAGGCUGUCAAAACUCAGUAUUGA